AUGGGUACUUCGAAGAGUAAAGAGGCCACCGAAUAUUAUGAAAAAGUCUUCACCAGUCUUGACCACCCUACUGAGGAUGAUUUUACAGUACAUUUAGCGCUUUUCUCGAAAGAAAUUUCCUAUGGUAUCGAGUUGGAGGCGGUUGCGAGGCCCAUCGUCAUGAAACUAGUCGCACACGGAGUGCAAAACCGGUGUUUAAGUUGGCUUCUUCGCUAUUGCGGGAAGAUAAUGGCCCCUAUUGUUGCCUCGUCCUCCGUGGCGAAUGAAACGCAGCUCACCUGCUUACGUCUCACGGGGCUGAUUCUGCGGCGCGUCCAUGCGCUGACGCGAGGCCGCUCGAUGGCACUGUUGGAGCUCAUCAGCGACGAUAGGACUGAACUGGACUCUAGUAGUGAGCUUUGGGUCCAAGGCAGUAGUGACGUUCAAAAACUGUGCGACCUUCUCUUGGAUUACGUAACUUAUGUAAAGCUUGACGUCAGUACGGUGAUCACGCACGCAGAAGUGGUAUCCUUACUUCUGAGCAUGUGCUCUUCCUCCCUUCAUCAUACUACGCGUUUCGAAAAGACUCAUGUUGACGUGUUUGUAGAAAUGAUUCUAUCUUACAGGCAGCUGGAGGCCCUAGUGGGGGUCCUUCUGGUUCGUAUUAUCGAGUGGGAUAAGUGCCCGGAACAAAUGAAGCUGCAACUAUAUAAAGCUGACCAAAAAACGAAUUUCGAAAAAUUGUUUUCCUGGUUGACAGGUGCGCGCAAAGACGUCGAUAGCAUGAACUCAGAGCACUCAAAAGAUGUAGUCAGCCCGAUGGUUCAAGAUAACUGCAGCUAUUGGGAGCUAACAUUCCGUCAUCUCGCACAGUUGCUGUCAUUAUUAGUAAUAUAUCAAAGGGGUAAUAAAGUCAACCCUGUAGUGGAGUACAUUAAAACUCUGAAGGAUGGUGAAUUAGUAAUAUUCGCCGCUCUUCUGGAGGCUAUCUCGAAGCGGUUGGCGAGCUGCUCCUUUCUGUGUGCUCUGCUCUACGUUUUGCUGCAUGAUCACCAUAGCCUUUUGCCCGACGUACUUGCCUCCGAUCAUACACAAGUAGUGAGAGUUAUCCAAUCUUUACAACACCUUGGCUACGCUGUCUGCACGCAGGAGGAUUCUCACGAAGUUCCCAACACUCCUCUCGCAAGUGUCGGAAGCUCCAGGGAUGACUGUUUUGGGGUGGAUAUCGCCAAACACGCUCUCAAUUCGAACACGCUAGCGUGUAUGAUGCGCGCUAUGACGCAAUUUUCGUACCCUUUUAUAUCUUUCAUGACCGCCACGUUGCUCUUGAUGCUCUCCCAGGAUCUAGUUGUAAGCCAACAGGUCCUUAGUGCGUUCAGUCGGCAGAGUCUGCCAUUGAGGCGCACUUCCUCUCAGGAACUCUCGGUGGGUGCGUCUUGCCUUAUUGUCAUGUGUGUUGGUAUUAUCAAGGCUCUCAAGGACCGAAACGAGCAGCUGGCGACUAUUUACGCUUCAGGCAUGAAUAACAUAGCAAUCCAUGUGCGCGAUAUCGAUUCGUAUACAUCGCAGCGACUUCUCAAUCUCAUCGUUGUCAUUCUCAAGAAGCUGCAGCUCUUCGAGAGAGAAUAUCAGCAGGCCACAAAAGGCCCCUGUGAUAAAAAUCCGGAUAUAGGGCUGAAGGACGACGUGAUUCAACAAAACUUUUCCCCAUACAGCGGCAUGCAGUUUGGUAGGGAUAUUCAAUUACCAAUGAGUAGGUCCACUGAGGAAAUCCAACACGACGCCCAACUAUUUCUUUCGCUCCUAGACAUUGUUGUGGAUGCGUUUGAGGUGAUGCUCCUGCGCGACCUUAGUCGCAAUAAUGAAUGCCUUAUUUAUGAGUUGCUCUAUCAUCGAGAUGAAAUUAUUAACCUUGGCUCAUAUAAUGAUGAAGGCGCCAAUCUGAAAGCGAAUGCGAGUGAGUUCUUAGAAAACUCAGGGUAUUUCAUACCUCAUGUGAAGAAAUCACUGUCUGGCCUUUUGAAGUGCAUUUUCAGCUACGAAGCGGAGAUCGCGAGGACCACAAACACAAGCAGACGAAGUGAGAUUAUUAAUAUCAUUCGCCGAUAUAAUCAAGAACAAAGCUCUUCUCAGCUGUCACAAGAGCCCUUUAGUGAAGAUGUUCGAGGUGGUCCUCUGAUGUCCGGCAGUCUUCUCGACAUCAAAUCUUGGAUGAAGUCAGAAAACAAGUCAACCUUAAUGGAAAAUAGCUUAGUGAACCCUAAUCUAGCUCGUAAGCGAACCUGUGAACUUGCUUACAUGUACGAGGAAAACCCAAAUAGUUAUGAUUUCUUUGCUCCUUUUGUGUGGUCAACCAUGCUAAACGACGCCCGACUUCCAGGUGGCAUCCUGUGGUGCACUAGCAUCAGGGAGUUACCUUUGUUUUUGUGUCAAUCUAAUUAG